AUGUCGAAAGAUGGGUAUGGCAGCACAACAAAGCGUACAUCAAGCUACGUUCAUAACGCAUCUUCAUUCCCCUUCCAGUACAAAACUCUUGCACAGAGUCUCGACGAACUUGCCUCUCAAUAUCCUGAUUACGAAUGUUAUGUCUUCAAAGGCGAAAAUAAACGGUACACAUAUGCGACAUGGAAACAUGAAAUCGAUUGGUUGGCAACAUCUCUUCUCGAACUCGGAUUCGAGAUUGGUGAUCGAUUAGCUGUGGCGUUGCCCAACUGUUCAGAGAAUGUUUUGCUCAGCUAUGUCGCCUCUAAACUUGGCAUUAUUAAGGUUCAUUUAAAUCCAGACAGUACUGGUCGUGAAUUAGCUGAUGCUGUCAAUCAAACCCGCUCAGAGCUCGGUAUUAGCCGUGUAGAACAAGGAUAUGGUAUGACUGAGAUUGGCAAUUUUCUAACUUGUACUGUCGAUACCAAUUAUGACGACGAUCGACGGCAUACAUCGAUUGGUCGAUGUUUGCCUCAUAUGGAAAUUAAAAUUGUCGACAAUAACGGAACAGUUGUUCCGAUCGGAUCCGAAGGAGAAAUUUGGGUGCGUGGUUAUUCAAUCAUGUCUUGCUAUGAUAAUGAUCGUGAAAGAACGGCGGAGAUGAUUACUGAUGAUCGAUGGUUACGAACUGGCGAUUUGGCACGAAUGGAUGAUGAUGGCUAUUUGUUCUUUAUCGGACGAAAAAAAGAAAUGAUCAUUCAAGGUGCUACCAAUAUAUAUCCGAUUGAAAUUGAACGAGUCAUUUUGGAACAUCCAAGUGUGGCUGAUGUUCAAGUGUUUUCAAUUCCUGAUCCACUCGUUGAUGAAGUUGUAUGUGCAUUUGUAAAAUUGAAACCGGAAACGAAAUGUGAAGUCGACGAACUCAAAAUGUUUCUCAGUGACAAAUUAACUUCAUAUAAAAUACCCGAACAUAUUCGAUUUGUCGAUGAUUUUACUCGAAAUGUAAUGGGUAAAGUAGCAAAAUACAAACUCACUGAAGAUAUGAUUAAUAUAUUGAACAGUUCAUAG